AUGGAAAGCUGGCAGAUUGCGUUCAACUGGGAGCAAGCUGUUGAUUUCCAGAUUCGAGAUGUACGGGCUCGGGUGUUGACAGGCGUGGCUUGGGUAACUAUGAAAGCCUAUGUUGAUGUGGAGAGUGGGCCAUUUCAUGUGACAAAUGUCUUUGAGUUCCAUAAUGGUCGGUGGUACAUGGUACAUCAUCACAGCUCCGUGAUGCUUAAUGGAGAGGCAGAGCAACAAAUUUUGCUGGGUUUCCUAAAUGGAAAUCAACUUUGUGCAAGUGUUGUAUUUGAUAUAGGAAUGCCUUUCCAGGCAGCAAUUCUACUUGGGAAAGAGAGUAUUGGUGUGCAGAGAUGUAUGUUUGGUAUUGUUGCUAUCGUUCUUGCUUCCUUUUCUGCAUAUCGAGGCAUGAAGAUCCGAGGGGCAAAAUACAGAGUGGUGGUGAGUACAGAAUCAUCAUCUCCUCAACUUGGCUAA